AAAACAAGAUCGCUUCACAUCUAAAGAAGAAUUAAAUGAGAUUGCCAAAUUACAAAGUGAAUCCAAGAUUGUCAGUCUACUGGAAGAAGAUAAAAGAAAAAAUAGAAAUGAUAAUAAUUCACUUGCUACUAAAAUAUUGUAUAAUGUUUUAUUUAAUGCUGAAGUAUCUAGUAACAUAUUACUUAAUGCUAAAGUGUCUAGUAACAUAUUACUCAAUGCUGAAUCAUCAAGUAACAUGUUACUUGAUGCUAAAGCAUCAAGUAACAUGUUACUCGAUGCUAAUGCAUCAUUACAAUCAUCCAAUAAAACUAUACAAAGCACUUCAUCACCCUCUAAUCUUGCACCAAUUCUACAUAUACAUCUAGAAGAAAUUAAUAAGUGGUUCCAAAUAGGAAAAUCAUCAAAAAAUAAUAUAUCAAUAUAUGAUUACCUACGCCUAUUAAGAUUAAGCUGA